AGCAAUGUGACCAGAUUAUUCCACCUAUAUCAACGGCAGAAUCCUCAUGAAAGUCUAUCCUACUGUUUCCUCUGCACUUCCUUUUGACCUACGGUGGUGCGAUUGUCCCAUGAGUAACCUUGUUACUGUAGGUACCGUGGCGCCCAUUGAUGGUCUACCCAAGGUUUCCACAGUGAAUGUGACUGCUCCCAUUGAACCUCCGUCAGAACUGUAUGAGAGACGACAGGCAGCGCCUUCUCUGGAUACCGUGGUUGUAGGCUGUGGCAUAGGAGGUCUCGCAGCUGCAUUUUGCCUUGCAAUGGCAGGCCAUAAAGUCACCAUCUUAGAGAGCGCUGCGACGAUUGGUGAAAUUGGCGCCGGUAUUCUCAUGACUCCCAACGUAACCCGCCAGUUAAUCCGUUGGGGCCUCGAAAAGCGACUGCAAGAAGUCGUUGUCAACCCAAGUGCACUGACCGUUCGUCGUUGGUGCACCGGAGAGACGUUAUCAUGGAAACAAUGGGGCGAUUCGGUUGUGAAGAACUAUGGGGCGCCGCUUUCCCACAUACACAGAGCUGAUCUGCAUCGCAUGUUGUAUGAUCUCGCAGAGCCACACGUCAACAUCCGAACGAAUUGCCGGGUUGUUGCCAUGGACCCAUCUGUACCCAGCGUAACGCUAAAAUCCGGUGAAGUUGUCCGUGCCAACUUGGUAGUUGGUGCAGACGGUUUGAGGAGCGUAACUCGUCAGUAUGUCGUCGGGAGACCGGACGAACUAACCCCAUCGGGUGAUGCAGCCUACCGCGCUGUGUUGCCAACCGAAUUACUCCUUGCAGACCCAGAUUUAAGGACCCUUGUCGAAACUCCGGAGACAGCUAUAUGGUUGGGCCCACAGCGGCACAUCGUAGCAUACAACAUUCGAGCCAAGAAGGAGUAUAACAUUGUCAUGUGCCAUCCCGACCGAGACCCUGAAGGGUCCUGGAAAAUAGAGGAAAGUACCGAUAGGAUGAAGGAGGAGUUUGUAGGCUGGGAGCCACGCAUCCAGAAACUCCUUUCGCUCAUCCCUUCAGCGAUCAAAUGGACAUUGAUGGACCACGCUCCCCUAGAAACUUGGGUGCACGAGGACGGCAAACUUGCCCUUCUUGGAGAUGCUUGCCAUCCCAUGCUUCCUUACGGUGCACAGGGGGCGGCUAUGGCUAUCGAAGACGCCGCGGUCCUUGGAAACAUGUUCUCCCGCUUGUCUUCCCGUGCUCAGAUCACUCCACUUCUUCAUGCUUACGAAGCAAUCCGUUAUGAUCGGGCGACUAACACACAGGCGUUCUCCCGCCUCCGUAGGAUCCCUUUGCAUCUUUCUGAUGGACGGGAACAAGAACAACGUGAUAAGCAGAUGCACGCUGCCAUGGAGGACGCGUUAAGAGAAGCUCGUGGUGGAACAUCUGUUAGUACUGACACGAAUACUACCAGCAAUGCGAACCAGCGGGAUGAAAAAGAGAGGGAAGCAAUCCAGUUUGGGUACGAUACUGACAAGGAAGCUGAGAGGUGGUGGCGGGAACAUGGCGAGAGCGAGGUUGGUUCUUUGAGAAUGCCUUCGACAUCAUGAUGUAGUGUUUGUCGCAUCAGGUGUUUUCAUCGGUGCAAUUUUUCCAAUACCUUGUAGUCGACGAAAGUUAUAGGUAACUUUUUUUUUUCAUUCAAGUGCCACUGUAGCAUGAUCUAUGUGAUGCACUCGGUGGAUAGUUAGAGAGAAGUGUAGACGACGAUUGAUGAUAGCCAUCCUCAACCUUGGCAAGUUCAAGUCCAACACCCCGGGUCUGAUUAGCCCUC